GCCCGGGACGGUGGCGUUACGGGAAAUCCGGAGGUACCAGAAAUCCACGGAGCUGCUGAUCCGCAAACUGCCCUUCCAGCGCCUGGUCCGGGAGAUCGCCCAGGACUUCAAAACCGACCUGCGCUUCCAGAGCGCCGCCAUCGGCGCCCUGCAGGAAGCCAGUGAAGCUUACCUGGUGGGUCUUUUUGAGGACACCAACCUCUGCGCCAUCCACGCCAAGAGAGUCACCAUCAUGCCCAAGGACAUCCAG